CCCCCGGUGCAGCUGUCCUCCACACAGCCAGGGGGCGCCCUGACCCGGACCGCCACCGGACAGGCAGCGCCACUAACAGGUCUGGACCACCCUGGCCUGGAUUCGCAGUAUGACAAUUCCCCCUGGAGCUCUGGUUCUCCCUGCGACAGCAACAGUAACUGGGGCAAGGUGCUGGUAGACUCGGUCUGCAGUGACACUCCCUCCCCCGCCAGCGCCUGGCCCUCCUCCUCGUCCUCCUCAGGCUCGAACUCUGCAGCCGGCAGCAGCUCCGGCUCCGGCAGCGACCCCGAGCUCACCUCAGAAUGCAUGGACGCAGACUCCGCCUCUAGCUCGGGCUCGGAGAAGAACUUGGCUGCCACGAUGAUGGUGGCCGCCACCGCGACAUCGUCCGUGUCAUCGCCCAGCGCUAACGGAAACGGAGACGGUAACAGGAACCGGCAGCAGGGGGGGAACCGCUUCUCCCCGCUAACGGUGGUUAACGGCAGCGCUCCUCCCGGGAGCGACGGCGGCGAUGACGUAAUAACGUGUAACGGGGCGGUGAAGGGCCCGUGGGGUGGCGUGGCUAACGGCUCCACGAUGAACAUCAGCCCCAACGACGACGACACCGCCGCCGCCGCCGACGGUAGCCACGCCAACAAGCUGAGCCCCUGGGCGUCGGCCAAUGGAAUGGAGGUGACCCCCAGCACUUUGAACCCAAAGGCUAACCGCAGUGCCUGGCCCGACCCCCAGGGACCCCCUGCCUGUAAGAUUGGCCUGCAGGGAGGUUCUCUGGGCUGGGGAGGGAUGCAGCCGGGCAGCCUCUCUCCGUCUCUGGCUGAACAGCGACACGACCUCCUGAACGGUACUACUGUCAAGGCUCGCCACCUUAACACCGACGCAACCAACGGACCAAAUAACACUACUAACGCCGUCGACACCUCUAGUUUACCAAACUCUACAGGCGGCUCCGUGCAGAUGAGCGAGCCCGGCUCUGGGCUGCGUUCCUGGGGAGCCGGUGGAGGAGUGGGGUCAGCCCCUGGAGAUCAGCUCUCCAACGGGCCCCUGUCUGGCACCCAGCAACCCCGCAGCGAGGGCCUGGCAGGGGGCUUCUCUAUGCCCUGGGGGGCCUCGGGCCCUGGAGACACUGUGAACGGCCAGGGACGGGGCCAGUCCUCCCCUGCUGCUGCUGCUGCUGCUGCUUACAACGGUAAUAAUAACAGCAAGGCCCCUGGAGGGAGGUGGGACUCUGGCCCAGCUGCAUCCCCCCUUCCUCACAACCUGUCCUUGGGGGCCGGAGUGGGGAGCAAUGGGAACGGAGUGGGUCCUGACGGGAUCCCCCGACCGCGGGGCGGCGGCGCCGCCUCCUCUUCCUCCUCCUCCUCCUCUUCUUCGUCCGGCUCCUCCUCCAACAGGCAGCCUUCCAAUGGGGAGUGGAGCUCGUUGCCCGGCAACAACUCUCUGCAUUCCGGCGACGGCCGGAAGCCAGGGGGAGGAGCCAACGGCUGGAAGAGCCUCGAAGAUGACGCCCUCGGGAUGGGAGGAGGAGCGAGAGGAGGAGUGCAGGGACCUCCGAGAGGGUGCUGGGGGAGGUCUGGAGGCAGCGAGGGGAGUGGGGAGAGCUCUGGAGGUCCUAACUCCGACGGGGACAGGAACGACCCCCGUCGAAGAGGCCCCCUCCCUGGGUCAACUCAGCCAGUCCUCUCCAGCUCAGACGUGGACCCUCGCGUCCUCUGCAACACCGGCUGGGGCCAGACCCCAGUACGCCAGAACACCGCCUGGGACGUCACCUCUCCCGCCCCCAGACCUGACGACAGGAAGCCCAGUAACGGAGGCCCCGGCUGGGGCUCGGCAGGCCACAAAGCACCCUCUCAGACCUCCAGCUCUGGAGGAUGGGGGGACGGGCCGGGCAACAACGCCAAGCUGGGCGGGGCCUUCUGGCAGGGCUGGGGCGCCCCUAGUGGUGGUGGUGGGGGAGACCGCUCCAGAGGAGGAGGGGGCAGCUACUGGGGCCAGCCCCAGAAGACUAGCGGGUCUGGGGGAUGGGGCGAGCCCGGCCGUCCGGCCAACACCAACACACACCCCAGCAGCAGCACCUGGGGCGGCAGCGGAGGGUCCAGCACGCCCGAUCAGACCCACGGCAACAACCCCAACAACCCUCACUCUGGCUGGGGAGAGCCCCCCAAGCCCCAGCCUCAGAACCACCCGACCCAGGGGGGCUGGGGAGAGCCAGCCAUGAAGCCCAGCCACCCAUCUCAGAGCUGGGGAGACCCGGCGCCUAAACCCUGCCCCUCCGAGUGGGGUAAAGGCCCAGACUCUAACCCCAACCCCGGCCCGGACCCUAGAGGACCUCCCCCAGGCCCCGGGGGUUCCAAACCCAGCGGCUGGAUGGGGGGGGCGGCGGUCCCCGCUGGACCGUCCCAUAAGGAGGAAGAGUCUACGGGAUGGGAGGAGCCCAGUCCUGAGUCGGUGAGGAGGAGGAUGGAGAUCGAUGACGGGACCGCCGCGUGGGGAGACCCGAGCAAAUACAACUGCAGCGGGGUUAAUAUGUGGAACAAGACCAGCCAAUCAGAGCAGGACGCCAUGGCCAUGACCACACCCCCCCAGCCCCAGCAGCAGCCCCCCCCACCCCAGAACAGCGUGGCCAACAAGGACAAGACCUGCAGCCCUGGUUGGGGUGAUCAGUUCGGGGGUCCCCAGAAAAUGGAGUCAGGAACGUGGCGCGAGCCGUCAGGCCCCCCUGUCUCUGUGGACAACGGGACAUCGGCCUGGGGGAAACCCAUGGACACCAGCUCCACCUGGGAGGAGCUGGGACACAGAGGGGACAGAGACAGGGGGGAUAACUCUGGGACAGGAGGCUGGGGAGGACCUGGACCACAGAACCACCACAAACCUGGUCCCAAGCCCAUGCAGCAGCAGGAGAGUAGUAGCUGGUGUGGGGAGGAGGUGUCGUGCCAGUCCAGCUGGGAGCCAGAGGAGGAGGUGGAGAUUGGGAUGUGGAGCAACACCCCUAGUCACAGAGACAGGGAGAGAGACGGUCACAGAGACGGCCACGGUCAGGACAACAGGAACAAUGGCCCACAGCAACACAGCUGGAACUACAUGAAGAAAGUCCCUCCCAAGAUGAACAAAUCGGUGAACAGGCCGGAGGAUCCCUGGAUGAACCAGUUUGUCAAACAGUUCAACAACAUGAACUACCCUAGAGACUCUCCUGAAGACUCGUUGAAGAGCAAUAAGAUGGAGAUGGGAGUAGGCCUGCCGUCCGAUCAGCGUAUGGAUGCGAACGUGGGAGAGUACAGCGGAGCGAUGGGGAAACACUCUGCCUCUGGUAGGCAGCAGCAGCUCCACAAAGAGCCUCCCAUGGAGAGGAGCCCUUACUACGACAAGAAUGUAAACUCCAUGUACGGUGGCAGCAGCAGUGCAGCACAAACUCGUACCGCCCCCCAGCCCCCGACCCAACCCCUCAACUCAGCCCAGAACAAUCUCCGCAACCAAGUGCCUCCUCCACCCAUCCUGUCCUCUCAGGUCCCUCCCUCUCUACUGAAAUACCCUCCCAGUGCAGGAGGUCUGAACCUGUUUGGUCCUCAGCAGGUAGCUGUUCUCAACCAGCUGUCUCAACUCAACCAGCUGUCUCAACUCAACCAGCUCAACCAGUUACAGCGUCUCCUCCUCCUCCAGCAACAGCAGCAGCAGAAGUCUCAUCAGCAGAGCCAGAGACCCAUGAUGCCUGUUGGACGCCAGCAGGACCAGCAGGGCCGUCCUAUUGGUUCGUCCCAGUCGAUGAUGCAGCCUCCGCAUCACCUUGACCCCUCCCUCCUGAAGCAGAACCCCGCCCACCAGCCCCUCAAGUCCUACCUGGACAACUACAUGCCCCAGAAUGCAUCUGAGCUGCAGAAGGAGCCCAGCUCUAUGGGCUCCUUUACCAACUUCCCUUUAGGCUUGACCUCUGACCUGAAUGUAGGCCUGGACAUGGGGUCUGGUGUGGGCUGUAAGGAGCCUCAGUCUCGUCUGAAGAAAUGGACGGCCAUGGACAUGCCCGUUAACUCACCUCUGGAGCGCAAACCUGGUGCUAUGUCUGGGUUGCGUCUGGAGGAUUCUCCAUUCGGUCCCUAUGACUUCCUGUCUGCUGGCUCCGCCCCCCUCAGCUCUCCCGGCCAAUCAAUGGGCUCGGUGGGCGACAGCUGGCCCCCUCGUGCCAAAUCCCCCCAUGGAAACACCAACGAUACCUGGCCCCCAGAGUUCCGGCCCGGUGAGCCAUGGAAGGUUUACCCCAACAUCGACCCUGAGACUGACCCUUUCGUGACCCCUGGUAGUGUCAUCAACAACCUCUCCAUCAACACCGUCCGCCACGUAGACCACCACAGAGACCUGACAGGACCAUCCUCAUCACUGAACACCACGAUGCCUUCUAACAGUGCCUGGCCAUCUAUUCGUGCCUCCAGCCACAGUGGUUCCCUCACCAGUACAACACAAAGCACUUCAGCCAGGUCCAGUGAGUCUAAAUGGUGUCCAGGAGGGUCUAACACAUCUCUGGCCCAUGAGCUGUGGAAAGUCCCUCUGGCUCCUAAAGGUCCUUCAGCCCCUUCCCGUCCCCCUCCCGGCCUCACCAGCCACCCCCAGAAACCUCCCCCAUCCUGGGGGGAAGCUCCACUACGCUUGGGGGGCUGGGGGAACUCCGACUCCAGAUACACACCUGGCUGUAGUUGGAGUGACGACUGCAGCAGCUCAGGGACAACCAACUGGCUCGUUCUCAAGAAUCUCACAACUCAGAUGGACGGUUCUACUCUGAGGACUCUCUGUAUGCAACACGGUCCUCUGAUUACAUUCCACCUCAACCUGCCACACGGCAAUGCUGUCGUCUGCUACAGCUCCAAGGACGAGGCAGCCAGGGCACAGAAGAGUCUGCACAUGUGCAUACUAGGGAACACUACUAUCCUGGCUGAGUUUGCCAGCGAGGAGGAAAUCAACCGUUUCUUUGCACAAGGUCAGUCAUUGGCCGCUGUCUCCCCGGGCUGGCAGGUCAUUGGCUCCUCUCAGAGCCGAAUGGGCGGAGCCUUGGAGGGGUCCCACCCCUUCCCCAGCCGCGCCCCCGAGCCCAGUCAAUGGCACGUCGGCGACCUCCACGGCUCUUCCCUUUGGGGCGGGCCGAACUAUUCCACUAGCCUAUGGGGGAGCGCCAGCGAGGGCGGGAGGAUCAGCAGCCCUUCUCCAAUCAGCUCCUUCCUCCCUGUGGAUCACCUGACAGGGGGCGGGGACUCCAUGUGAAGCCGGCCUCAGUUAAGCGUCAGUCCAAAACGCUGUGUAGCGUGGCGACGGACGGAAUAGUCUAGAAUAGGUUAUCGCCACAGUCUCAAACACAAAGAAAAAAAAACACAAACAGAAAAAGACCAAAAACAGACUUAGGUAAAAAAAACACAAAUGGCACUAGUUGGUCUCCUUCUCACUUACAUAUAUACAGGGAGGGGGGUCAUCACCCUGGGGGGGAAAAAAUACGUUACGUUUUUUUCUCUGCACAUAUAUCUCCACUUUGUUUGUUUUUUUUUAGCCCCAAAAAAAAAACAUAUCAGUUGGUAUACUUGAAUCAUGCAGGCCAAUUCUAUAAUGUGAACGAAAGGAUGACGGAUGCUUCUUCCAGGUAGUGCUCUUCUGAUGACGAAAGGAAAAAAAAGCUUCAACGGAAGCUCAUUUCUGUCUGUUCAUCCCAUGUUCUUUAUUGGAUUCAAUCAUUUCUAUUUUUAUUUGUAUUAUUUGCAUUUGUUUGUUUUCGGCGUAUAUUUUUUUUGGAGCUUUUUGAACUUUUGCACUGAAUGGUUUUUUUUCUCAGUAUAUAAUCUGCAAUAUAGAGGGAGCUGCCAGAUCCAGUGUAGCCGUUUACUCAAGGACGUUCUUACGGUGUGAGUGUGUGUGUGUGUGUGUGUGUGUGUGUGUGUGUGUGUGUGUGUGUGUGUGUGCGUGCGCGCUCUCCUCUCUGCCUUGGCACAAAUACCUUCCGGUGGUAUUGUGGAGAACCAGAUCAACAUUACAGAAAUGCUGAUUUUAGGAUUAUUUGAUGAUAUUAAAGUAUUGCACCAAUGUUGUGUUUUAAAACUAAAGAACGUGAGCUCUGCAGUGCAAAGGAUUGUAGCCACCAGCAGCUGUGACUAGUGGGGGGGGGGAACAGCACUUUGACAACAGAGGCAGAACAUGUUGUUAGAGGAAUUCCUAUUGUUUCGAUGUGGUGAUUGGUGCCAGCCUUCGGUUGUUAUGGGGACGGCCUCUGGUUGUUAUGGGGACGGCCUCUGGUUGUUAUGGGGACGGCCUCUGGUUGUUAUGGGGACGGCCUCUGGUUGUUAUGGGGACGGCCUCUGGUUGUUAUGGGGACGGCCUCUGAUUGUUAUGGGGACGGCCUCUGGUUGUUAUGGGGACGGCCUCUGGUUGUUAUGGAGACGGCCUCUGGUUGUUAUGGAGACGGCCUCUUGUUUACAGGCCUUGGGAGGGCGGUCAUCUUCCUUCAUUUUAAAAACGAAAUGAAAUAAACUAUUAAAUACAUUUAAAAAAAAAUAUUAAAAUGAAAAAAUCGCUACAAAAAAAAUAUAUAAAAAGUAAGAACAAAAAAUAAAAAAGUAUACCACAACUCUAUAGAGGACGAAGACGAUGCUGAAACUCUGGGAACUGGGAUCCAUGUUCUGACCAUGGGUCUGGUGUGGGUCGGUCAGUGUUCCUGGUGUGGGUCGGUCAUUGUUCUGACCACGGGUCUGGCGUGGGUCGGUCAUUGUUCUGACCACGGGUCUGGUGGUUGGUUAGAUCUGUUUGUCUCGCCUGCUUAAUAACCAGCAAUGGUUCUCAGGAAACGGAGCCAGUUU